ACCACUAUAUAAAUACACUCGUUUGCCGCCAAACUCGGAAGCUAACUAAUAAGCCAUCUCCAGCUCCAUCCAAGCUCCUCAGGUUCCAUCUGUGCGUACGUGCCACACAGAAACCAGCUAAAUGGACUGCUCCAGCGACACGGCCGUCUGCGCUGUGGCCGUGGCCGCGGCCACGGCGCAGUCACCUCCUUCGUCGCCACAGCCGGCGGCGGCGGCGGCGGUGGUGCUGAGCCCGUGCGCCGCGUGCAAGAUCCUCCGCCGCCGCUGCGUCGACCGCUGCGUGCUGGCUCCCUACUUCCCGCCCACCGAGCCCCACAAGUUCGCCACCGCGCACCGUGUCUUCGGCGCCAGCAACAUCAUCAAGCUCCUCCAGGAGCUGCCGGAGGAGCACCGUGCGGACGCGGUGAGCAGCAUGGUGUACGAGGCGGCGGCGCGCAUCCGGGACCCCGUGUACGGCUGCGCCGGCGCCAUCUGCCAGCUGCAGAAGCAGGUCAACGAACUCAAGGCGCAGCUGGCGCGCGCCCACGCCGAGCUCGCCGGCGCCCGCGCCCAGCACGCGCACCUCCUCGCGCUCCUCUGCGUCGAGGUCGCCGCCACCGCCUCGCCGCCGUCCUACUGCGGCGCCGCCGACUACUCCUCCUCCUCGCAUCAUCAGCUAGCGGUCGUCGCCAACCCCAUGAUGGCCGCCGACGCGCUCUACGUCGUCGACGGCGCCGGUGCUGCCUUGCAGAUGCAGGUCGGCAGCCCCGUCAGCUGGGCCGACGAGGCGCUCUGGACAUGAGCUCCAUCAAUCCCUGCACUGCACCUACGACUGCCAACUGCGCUUUGUUCGUCAAUGCAAUCAACGCCCAAGUAUAAUUAAUCUAGCUGGUCUGUAUAUGCAUAUGUAUACAUACAGUUACAUAUACGUACGUGCGUACAGUCAAUAUGUAUGGGGGUAAGUGUGUAGUAAGUUUUAUUUACUCGGUUGGAUGUCAUAAUUAAUUCCUAAUUAACCAAAGGGUUAACGUGGUUGGGGUUUGUUGAAGCAAUUUGAGUGACAAAUCCCUCUGAAUGUUGAGUUUUUGUUCGCUUGGGAACGAACGACAAACUUCUGCUCUUAAUUUUGUACAAAAUUGUUGUUGUGUAUGAGUGUAUAACACUGCUCCUCUGUAACAUUGUUGCUGAGUAUGGAAUAAUGCUGCUU